UGCGCGUAUGAUAUAGCAUUUCAACGAGAUGAUUUUUUGCUUCGUAACUAACAGAAGGUGAAUAAGGACAAAGAAUGGCAGCGAGAGAAUACUUCCCAGAGACGGACCUCUUAUGUCCUCUGUGCCACUGUAUCUACACAGAUCCUGUCAUCUUGUCCUGUAGUCAUAACUUCUGUAAGGUUUGCCUGGAUAACAGUUGGAAGAAGAAAAUUAUUCUUAAAUGUCCAUCGUGCAAGAAACGGUCUUCAAAAACCGUGCCUCCAAACUUGCGCUUAAAAAUGUUGUGUGAUAGAUUUCGUCAGGACAAAAAAGAGUCAGCUGCACCUCAGAUGUUGUGCAGUGUGCAUAACGAAAAACUCAAGCUCUUCUGCUUUGAGGACGAACAGCCAGUGUGUGUUGUGUGCCAAAGCUCCAAAAUGCACAGAGAGCACAAUUUCAGACCCCUGGAUGAGGCAGCGCAAGAACAUAGGGAAGAGGUUAAAUCUAGACUGUCAACACUGCAAGACACGCUUGAUUUGUUUCUCAAAGCAAAGUCGACAUGUGAUCUUAACAUACAACAUAUUAAGAACCAGGCCCAACACACAGAAAAGCAAAUUAAAAACAAGUUUGAGAAACUUCACCAGUUUCUACAAGAGGAAGAGAUGAAACACAUAUCGGCACUGAAGAAGGAGGAGAAUGAGAAAAUGCAAAUGUUAAAUGAUACCUCCAACGACAUAACCAAUAAGAUUGUACAGCUGUCAGCAACUAUCAAAUCUAUCCUAGAAGAAAUAGCGACCAAUGAUAUAACUUUUCUUAAGAACUACAAAGCUACUCUUAAAAGAACUGAGUGUGAGCUGAAGGAUCCUGAAGUAGAGUCCGAAUUAUUGAUUGAUGUGGCAAAGCAUCUGGGCAACCUGCAGUUUACAGUGUGGGAGGAGAUGGCGAGUAUCGUUGAUUAUUAUCCUGUGAUUCUUAAUCCUAACACUGCACACCCGUGUCUCAAACUUUCAGAUGACCUAACUGAGGUCGUGUGCCAAGAUCAGCAUGAGCAGCUUCCUGAAAACCCAGAGAGAUUUGACCAUUAUUUGUGGGUCUUAGGCUCUAAGGGCUUUAAUUCAGGGACUCACUGCUGGGAGGUCGAGGUGGGAAACAGUGCGGAAUGGGCUCUAGGUGUUGUGACAGGCUGUGUAAGAAAACAUUUCUACAGGGUCGGUGUAUGGAAAAGUCUUUGCCAAAACGCCAGAUACGGUGCCAGUGCCUAUGGAAAGUCAACCAUCAUCUUUAAGUUUGAGAAGGACCUGCAGAGGAUCAGAGUGUUGCUGGACUGGGACAACGGUCACGUCUUGUUCUCAGACCCAAUCAGUGGCAGGAAUCUAAAAAUAUUUUUCCACAAUUUUACAGAAAAAGUCUAUCCAUACUUCUGCAAUCAGUGUAAAAGUCACCCUCUGAGAAUUUUACCAGAGGAGACUUUUGAAAAAGUACGAGAGUCUGAUUGCAGAACAAGUAUGCUUGCUUAUGACUCCUCUGUUUAGUGGUGUACAUCGUUGUGAGAGAUAGAAAAGGUAAAAAAAAAAGAAUAGCAGGAACUUUACACAUCACCAAACCUAUUGAUGCUCAGCAUUCAUGACAACAGGAUGUUUUUUUUCACCUACCGCAACAGAAAAGCAUUUGCUUAACACUGGAACUUUCAUUCUCUCAACACUGCCGCAGCCACCUGUGGAUCAAGAGCGCAGAUUGUAUAAAAGCUGGAUUAACCCUUUGUAACAUCACCCAAGAGCAGUUUUGAAGCUUAACUCUGGGAGCUCUGAUUAUAACCAUCUUGGCAGGUUAAUCCGUAAAUGAGCUGGCGGUUGGUUGGAACACUCCUACAUACCACAGUUACCACAAGCUAGCUAGCUCUAGCUUUAGUUUAGCUGAAAUGCUAAGAUGGCUAACAUUAAUUUAUAUGCUAAAGAUGAACGUUAUCCCAUGUAAACUCAUACAUUUCUUGUGAU